AUGAAUCCCAAGCACGCUCUUGCAAUGCUUUGGUCCACGGCCAUUGCAGCCCUCACGGUUUCCAACUCUUCAUCCUCUUCCAUUCUCUUGGAUAACCAAGACCAAAUCUUCUCAGCCGAUGACUCGCAGUAUCUCGCGGUCACGUCUGAUAUCCUUUCUUCCGUUUCAUACUCCUCAGAUCCUGCCCAAGGACCUGUCACCUACAUCUCGGGUCUGCUCUCCAGCACUACAGCUGAUGAACUUGAAGACGUUAUCAAGAGCUCACUGGAGCAAGAUGAUGUUUUCACCGAAGCUUUCCUCGGAACUGUCCUUGUCAGUGCGGGCGAUGAAGGAGAUAUUGACUCUUCUGUCGUGAGCUACUUCAGUAGCCUCAACGCAACUGUCAUCUAUGGAGGUGAGGAUGGCCCGAGCCUCUGCGGCAACUCUACCUUGACUCCAUGCCCCAUGUUUGGCCUUGCAGACGGUGAUAGCCUCCGUUUGAGCAAAGUCUUCCGCUUGUAUGUCGAUACCUACAGAACAUUUAUGGUUGGCACAUACGAUGCGGGAGAUGGCUAUCGCACUUUGCCUUAUUCCAACUCAGAAUGGGGCGCCCCGUCUAUCCCUGUCCCCUCGAGACUGUACAGCAUCGAAGAUGACAGACCUCUCGCUGGAAAGCGCAUUGGAGUCAAGGAUAUAUACGAUCUAGAGGGCAUACAAACGACAGCUGGUAGCUUAGCGUACGCCUCCCUUCAUUCAAAGGCCGAUACAACAGCCCCAGCUCUCCAGCGCAUCAUUGACCAGGGCGGAGUCGUGGUCGGAAAGCAGAAGACAGCCCAGUUCGCCUCACCUCAGAGCCCUUGGGACUGGAACGACGCGUUCUACCCUCGCAAUCCUCGUGGCGAUACGUUUCUGACCUGCUCCGCAUCCUCUGCUGGAAGUGCCUGCUCCAUCGCUGCGUACGACUGGCUUGACUUUGCUGUUGGUACUGACACUGGCAAAUCUAUCAGAGAGCCCGCUGCCGUUGCUGGCAUUUUCGGUAACAGGCCUUCUCAGGGAAUGAUUUCCAUGGAUAACAUCGUCACCAAUGCAUUCAACACAGAUACUGCUGGCGUCUUUGCACGCGAUCCUGUUGCUUGGGCCAAGUUCGCAAAGGCCUGGUACGAUCCUUCGCUUCAUCAAGACACGUCGAUCAACGGACUGCCUGCGCUGUCAGUUCCUGAUGCCCAGACAUUCCCCAAGCGUCUCCUCUAUCCUGUGGACCAUCUUCCGAUGCAGAACCCUGCUGCUGAAGCUAUCCUACAGAAGUUCCUGGAUGAUGUAGCAGAUGCUGUUGGUGUCACUGUCGACAAGAUCAACUUGACGCAGACCAUCGAGGAGACCUUGGACCGCCCGCUGCAGGGCAUGCUUGACGAUCUCACCGUCCUCUGGACCCACGAUCUGAUCACAGAGACGGCCGAGCCACUGAUUUCCAAUUAUAGCCCUGGGUUCCCUCCCAUUGACGAGCCUUACCGAUCAUUUUUCCGCAAUGCAGUGGCAGACGACAGCAGCUACAAGUCUGCCAUGGCAAACCGCACUCGUGAUGCAGCUCUUUGGCACAAACAAGUACUCUUCUCGACAAACAGCUCCUGCUCCGAGUCCAUCCUUCUCUACGACAUCGGUACCGGUGGUCUUCCGUCUUUUCGUGAGAAAGACCUCAAUGACUCACCAGGAGCUGCAUCUCCUGUCGAUCCCCGAGGUCCCAAAGCGGUAUCGACCAUUUCAUCUUACUUUGGAGACGUCGAUAUCACCGUUCCCAUUGGCCAAGUUAGCUACCAGAGCAACGUCACGUUCCAGGAGGAGGUCAUGCCAGUUACUGUUAACAUGAUUGCCAAGAGAGGAUGCGACUUUGUUCUGUUCAACCUGAUAAAUAAGCUGGUUUCCAAAGGCGUAUUGAGCUCUGUGGAUACAGGAAGGCAGGCUUUCCAGGAAUAA